AUGAAAAUUCUUGAAAUUAAAUACUUGGUUUCAAGCAACUUAAAAAAUAAAUUGUCAGUUGGUAAUACAAAUUUGCUGAGUUGCAGACUGACACAUAGUGGGAAAGAUUACACUGGUAUAAAAGCAACUACAGCAACUGGCCGACGUUGUCAAUUCUGGGACACAUCAUAUCCAGUACACAAGAUAGCGCCAAAUAUAUCAGAUGAAGAUUUUCCUGAAGGGUCUCGCAAGGAUGCGAGGAAUUAUUGCCGCAAUCCAACAAAUGCUUCUCGUGGGCCCUGGUGUUACACACUUGAUUCUGAUGUUCCAUAUGAAGAGUGUGAUGUUCCCCUCUGCUCUUCCAAAGAUUGUAAGAUGAGUGGUCUUGGCAUAGACUAUUCUGGAAAUGUUGAGAAACCAUUUUCUGGAGACAGUGGCAAGUGCGCUAAAUGGACUGAUCGUGAGCUAUUUCCUGAGGGAAGGUUUGCUGAUCGACUGUUUCCUGAGGGCUCACGAUCAAGUGCUGGUCGCUUCUGUCGUAAUCCUGAUGGUAAUCUGAGAGGUCCCUGGUGCCCGCUGGAUCGUGGCGAUGGAAGUCCUGCAAUAAGGGCACCCUGUGAGAUUCCAUUCUGCAAAGAUGUUGAUUGGUUGGAAUUCACAGCUGAAACAAAUGAGUUCACUCAGUUCACAGAUCUUUCUCAGCCAAAUAAGACAUUGCCAUUGAAAACUGUCAAUCUAACAUUUGGAAUACGUCUGUGGGAUGCUGCCUCCUGGUCAAGAGCCACUGCCAAAAUACUCUUUUCACCAUUUUCAAUUCCUGGAGCAGCUCAAGAGCUGAGUAAAUUUGGUGCUGUUGAACUCACCAUAUCUAAGGACAGUUCUGGCUUUACUAAAGGAUUAGAGGAGGUGGAGCUGUGGAUGGCUAAGGGGACACCAUUUAGGUCUGAAAUUGCUGGUAGUGAUUGGCCCUGGCUUCAACUAUGGGUGCAGCAGAGUGAAAAUGUCCUUGCAAUGGGACGACAAGGUUCAGAAGAACCACUUUCUAGUGGACAAAUGUCUGAUCUUUCUGUAGACUUAGGAUUACGUUUUAUCAGCAUCUCUGGAGCUGGUAUUCUCUGGAGCUUACCUUUUACAGUUGAGGACUGCCUUCAACACAUAACAAGUGAGCUGCAGUUUACAAGAUUCUUUCGGAUGCAACAAACUCCUGGAGGCCAUGAUGUAAAAUUGCAUGUACGUGCACGUCAUUCUGCUUGCCUUCAAUUGAGAAUUGCUCCUUCGAUUAAAUACCCAAGCUUCAUGGUAUUAAUUCAGAACAAGGCAGAUAAUAUGACAGCCAUAAUUUUGAGAGAAGAAGAGGGUGGUAAACUUCAGGAGACUUCACUUCAGAAGAAGAAUGCCUCUUCUGCUCUUUCUUAUCACCACUGGCAUGAGUUUACAUUAAGUUUGUUUGGUGAAAAACUGCAGUUUUUCUGGGUACGAAGCUGGGAUACAAAAUUGUUGCUGGAGAUUGAACAUGAGCUUAUCAAACAAUUACAGUGGUUUUCUCCAGGUUCUAAUAACUCUGUUGCACAUUGGGCAUUCUGGUGUCAUCCUCAAGAUCCCCCAAGUGCUCUGCCCCCAGACUGUGUAGCAUCAAGUGGCAGUAGUAGCAGCUAUGGUGGAGGACAAUACAGUGCUUCCAGUGGUAAACCAUGCCUUUUCUGGCCAUCAGUUCCAGGAGCUGCACUGGGCCCUGAUGCACGUAAUUUAUGUCGCAAUCCUGACUCUAGUAGAAGUGGGCCCUGGUGCUAUGUUGGCAAAACUAGUACAACAGAUUACAAGAAGGAAACAUGUGAUGUGCCUCUACGCUACAGCAGUCCUCAGCAGCUGCUUGUCCAGGUGCACCACGAGUGCCCAGCAACUACUGAGGAAGUUGAUGCUGCAUCUCCACCUUCCACACUCAAAGAAGGUGAAUGUCGUCUUGCUGGAACUGGGAAUGAUUUCAUUGGACCACUAAAUGUGACCCGUUCAGGACGACAGUGUCAGCCAUGGCUUGACAAUAAACCACACAAGGUCAAUCAGACAUAUCUAAAUGACACCCUAUUUGCUGAACGAUCUCUAAAAGAAGCAAGAAAUUACUGCAGGGAUCCAUCACGCAACAUUGGUGGACCAUGGUGUUACACAGUGGAUCCAAAACUGCCUCGUGACCUGUGCCAUGCUUAUGAUUGCGUUAUGCCUGAGGGCUGUACCAUGCUGACACAAGGAGCAGGUGCUGGCCGGGACUUGAUGAUCCUACCUCGAUGGCGGACACGAGGGUUACGCUUCUGGCUCAAGGAGUGGAACCCAGAGCGUGCAGAUGGCAUUGUCUGGCUUCUGAGAAAGGCUGGCACCAACACUACCUACCUCAGGCUAGAGCUUGGAGCUGAUAAAAAUGAAAAGAUAAAACUUUUCCUCAUCAGAGGUGAAGGCACACGUGACAUUCUUGUGGAAGAGAAAGAGCACUCACAUGUCAUCCCUAUAGGCCAGUGGGCAGGGAUGUGGCUGAAACUCUUGGCAGAAGGAGGCCUGGAGGUAGGACGCGAGGGAGCAGAGCAGCCACUAUUUGCUUGGAAGCCGAAAAAAGUUCCAGCUGCCAAUUUCUUUCCAGAGCGGGUUUCGUAUGCGAGUCUUGCUGGGCACACCAUAGGUGUGGUCUUCCCAUGUGAAGAGUGCCACGUGGAGAUAACGAACAUCCGGCGCUUCACCAAGGUGCUGCCCCUCAGCCUGUGGCGACGGGAGCCGCUGGCACAGCCUCCGAGCAAUCUGACGUUGUACAUGCGCGGAUACGGCGCGGCCCUCGUGCCACUCAUCAUGCAGCCCGGAGAGGGCGACUACCACGCAGUCACGCUAGGGGAGGGCAAGGGCGCGGACCGCAUCUACCUCCUGCGGCAGAGGGCCGGCAACCUCUCUGAGGUGGGCAAGGUGCGUCUCCCACAGCCCAUCUUCUCCAAGGACAAGUGGACAAAGAUUAUCAUCAGGUGGACAGAGACGAAGCUGUUGGUGUGGUGGAAUGGGCUGCUGUUCCUGGCAGUGGACACCAAGGAGCCACUUGUGGCGUACUUUUUUAGCGUGGGCAUUGAGGAUGGGGAGAUGAUGUGGACCGCAAACUGCGAACCUCCAGAUGUGGACAGUCCAGCCGUGGACGGCGGGUGGUCAGAGUGGGGGCCGGCCACGUCGUGCAGCGCCACGUGCGGGGGCGGCUGGGGGCUGCGCAAGAGGCGCUGCGACAACCCGCCGCCUACACUGAAGGGCCGCGACUGCGAGGGCGACGACACCAUGGACGAGCAGUGCAACACCUUCCCCUGCGGACAGCUAGCUCCAGGCACGGACGAGGUGGUUCGGAGGAUGCUGCGGCGGCAGCACGCGGCCACGGAGGCAGACGAGGGCGACAACGUGACUCUGGCGUGUGCCCGGCCCGCAUUGCUGGCGCGCGUGCUGCAGGAGGCGCCAGAGGCCGUUCUCUUCUGGGAGCACCAGGGCCGCCGCGUCCAGGGACACGUGCUCACAGACCUCGAGCUGACGCGCGUGGCGCCGUCAGCUAGCGGCGUGUAUACGUGUUGGUGUUCCGCGCCGGGCAGCCCGCAGCUGGCGCUGCACGUGCAGUCCCUGGCCGUGCGGCCGACCGCAUCACUGCGCAUGCGCGCCACGCGACCGCUGCGUCUGCUCUGCCGCGCCGCGGCGCUCGGCCGCGUCUUCGCCGGGCUGGCCGUCUCCUGGCGGGACCAACAGGGCGACCUCCGCGAGGACUUCGGCGUCAUCGACCCUGCAGCUGUGGAGACAUUCGAUGUGAUUGUAGACAAGUCCUCUGCUGGAGAGUGGAAGUGUGUUGUGGAGCAGCAAGAGCUAGGGUUUCGCUGGACAACCAACUGGCUAAGAAUUACAGGUAGCAAAAGUAAUGAACAGAAGCAGGAGAAAUAUGAUAGGGAUAUUCUGUUGCUGAUUGGUAACCCACUUUAA